AUGGGCGACCAGAAAGCCCUAUAUGAACACCUCCCUAUCCCUACAUACGAAGAAGCAACCUCGUCUCGCCCUUCUUCCUCACAGUCCCGAUUUGGCCCUCGAGAAGUGAGUGACGAUGCCGAAAGGCAGGGCCUCAUACAAAAUGACUCUGCAGCAGAACGCAGCCAUCGCCCUUUUCGAGGAUAUAGGCCCCCGACGGUCGAGUCGGCAAGGUCAAGCCUCGACUUCCUCUCCGAGAAUGGGAGUUCGGCUCGUGGGUCGACGGAGCAGCUGCGGAGAGAGCUAGAGGAGAUGGAAGUCGAGGAUCCUCCUACAGCCUCAUCGUCUCGAUCACUCUUUUCAAAACGGUUUACAAACUUCAAACGAACACUCUCGUCGAUAAACCUGCCGCUGCGGAAAUACAUUCCUACCUUUAACAUACCAACCUUCAACUUCCGGAUAAAUCUGUGUUCGGGCAUGGAGCACCAGCAGAGAUGUAUCAUCCUGCUCAGGGUCUUUGCCGUCUGUCUCGUCGCAUCUCUCGUCUACCUACUAUUUGUCUCGAAUUUCUUUUCAUUCAGCAACAGGAUGAGCCAGGGCCAGAUAUACCAGCCGGAAUCGGUCCGAGUUUUCCUCGAGAACCACAUCAACGAAACGGCUAUUGGGCAGAAUCUUGAGCGGGCUACCAACUUCCCUCAUAUGGCGGGCACAGAGGGAAACUAUGUCCUGGCCAAGUGGGUGGAAGAGAGCUUCAAGUCGUACGGGCUGGAAGCUGUCGAAUUGGAAGAGUUCAAUGUCUAUCUUAACUACCCCAAAUCAGGCGGAAGGAAGGUUGCCAUCGUCGACCCCCCAGAGAAACUCUGGGAAGCCCAGGUCGAGGAGGACCAAGUAUACGUCGACCCACCACGGGAACAGACUAUGGUAUUUCACGGGCUUUCUAAAUCUGGGAAUGUAACUGGCCCGCUUGUCUUCGCAAAUUUCGGUUCCAGGGAUGAAUUCAAAAAGCUUACGGAAUUGGGUAUCGAUGUUAAGGGAGCUAUUGUUUUGAUUCGGCAUUACGGGACGCAACCAGACGUGGCAUUGAAGGUAAAGGCGGCGGAGUUAGCCGGCGCAAUUGGGUGUAUUAUAUACUCCGAUCCGGCUGAAGAUGGAUUCCGAAAAGGAGACGCUUGGCCAAAGGGAAGAUAUAUGCCAAAAGACGGAGUCCAGAGAGGUACUGUUAACCGUGUUGCUCUGGCGGCGGGUGACGUCCUCAGUCCAGGGUUCGCUUCUCGGCCAGACGAGAAAAAACGACUCGAUAUCGGUGAAGCUGAAAGUCUUCCACAAAUUCCAAGCAUUCCUCUCUCCUGGAAGGAUGCACAGCACCUUUUGCAGGCUCUCAAGGGUCAUGGUAAAAAGGUACCCCAGGAUUGGGUAGGGGGUGUCCCUGACAUCAUCGAAUGGUGGACUGGAAACGCAGAGUCUCCCAAGGUUAAUUUGAUGAACUUACAAGAUGAGGUAGAGCGACAGCCCGUUUACAAUGUUAUUGGACGGAUAGUUGGUAUCGAGCAGUCCAAGAACAGCAUUAUACUCGGUAAUCAUCGUGAUGCUUGGUGUUUUGGAGCAAUAGAACCUGGUAGUGGGACUGCGGUCCUGCUAGAAGUUGCUCGUGUUUUCGGCGAGCUCAAAUCUCGUGGAUGGCGGCCACUACGGACCCUCGAAUUUAUCAGCUGGGAUGCAGGGGAGUAUAACUUGAUCGGUUCGACUGAGCACGUCGAAGACAGGGCCGAGUUUCUCAGGGCUAAUGCAUUCGCCUAUCUUAACGUGGAUGUUGCUGUCUCUGGCGAUAAAUUCACUGCUAGAGGGUCUCCGUUGUUCGAGCCGAUCCUUCUUCACCUUUUGAACCGGGUACCAGACCCAAAGAGUAGGGAAACUAUACGGGCUCUAUGGGACCAGGCCGGCUCUAAAGUAGAAGCGCCUACUGCUGAUGGCGAUGCUCUGCCAUUCCAGACCAUCGCUGGGACUUCUAGUUUAAGUCUGGAGUUCAAGGGUGAUCUUUACCCUGCCCACAGUUGCUACAGCAACUUUGACUGGAUUCACAAAACCGGUGACCCUGGUUUCUUAUACCAUCGCGCCAUGGGUCAGAUAUGGGGUUUACUUGCUUUGGAGUUGUCCAGUCGGCCUGUUUUGCCCUUUGACAUGGGAGUAUUCUCCAAGGCUUUUUCCCAGUAUGUACUUGACCUACACAAAUACGCCCAAAAGAUAUCCGUACCUUUGAAACCGGCCAACGGCCAAGACAAAAAUGACAGCAAGAGAUCAGAAAAGGGAGGUGUCGUUGAUUUAAAGCCUUUAUACGACACGGUAAGAUCACUAAAUUUUGAGGUUGCCAAAUUCCAUCAGUGGGAAGGCAACUGGAAUGCCACCAUAUUCGACCAGAAUGGGUUUGAGGAUGAUGUUACGGCUCUCAGGCGUAUGAGCCAUAACAGCCACAUGGGUUAUUUCGAAACAAACCUUUUGGAUCUGGAGGAAGGCGGAGGUGUCCCUAACCGCACUCAAUAUAAACAUAUGAUAUACUCUCCUCAGCUAUGGCUAGAAAAGCCCGAAGAUGCAACUUAUUUCCCUGCCAUCAGAGACGCAAUGGAUUCAGGAGACUGGGUCCAGACCCAGGCGUGGAUCGAUAAGGUCUCAAAAAUAAUAACCAACGCAGCAAUCCGGUUAAACCUUUAG